AUGAGUAAUGAAAGAGUCACCUACAUAGAAUUGAAUGUGUCGAAGGAUUCAAGAGACCAGAAAAGGCAACCAAGGGACACCCGCAGCUCCAUCUCAGUAAAUGAGCAGGAAAUCACCUAUGUGGAAUUCAGCUUUCAAAAUACUUCUCCAGAGCAUCCCUCAAUCUGUAGGGACUGUUGGUGCAAAGGUUUUCCAUCUCCUCUGGAAAAACUCAUCACUGUGAUCCUGAGCAUCGUCAGUUUUGUCUUAAUGGUUUUAAUUAUUACAGUUGCCAAAUCACAUAAUAAUCAUUCUUCAGCACAGCCUUGUAGUUCUUGUCCAAAGGAGUGGAUGUCAUAUUCCCACAGUUGUUAUUACAUUAGUGGGGAGAAAAAAAGUUGGACUGACAGUUUGGAGUCCUGCAAAGCCAAAAACUCUAGUCUGCUUUACAUAGAUAGUGAAGAGGAGCAGGAAUUUCUGAUAUCCCUCUCACUGUUUGCAUGGACUAGCGUCUUUCGGGAGAGCAGAGAUCACCUCUGGGUUUGGAAAAAAGACUCAACUUUCAAACCAAAGAUAAGAGAAGUUUCCCAUGUUGAACAAAACUGUGUCGUGCUGUCAUCCUCUGGCCUCACAGCAGAUAAGUGUACGGAUUUACAUUCAUAUCUUUGUAAGCAUAAGUUCACCAACUAA